AUGAAGCUCUCCUCUAUCGCCGCAUUUCCGUUGUUGCUCCUCUCUGGAGUUACCUCUGCAUCUCCGCUGACUCCCAGGAAUGAAACCAAAAUCUUCGUGGGCCAAGUCAAAGACACCUUCAACGCAUCCGUCGGCACCGUCUGGGGUAUCUACUCGGCAUUCGGAGCCGCCCAGCUCUACAUGAAGAACGUCACUUUCAACGAGCUUACCGGUUUUGGCCCGGGUGCCGUUAGAGCCAUCACACUGGCCGGCCAGUUCGCUCUCGAGCGGCUGGACUGGGUCGAUGCCGAGAAGCAUUCCCUGGCGUACACCCUCUAUGAUGCUCCGGGCCUGCCUGCGGUCAACAUCCAAGGCACGAUCGAGCUGAACGAUAUCGGUGAUAACAAGACUGGAAUUGUGUGGACCGCGCGAGCGGAUUCGAUCACCCCAGGAGCUGAGGAGGGUAUUCGGGCUAGGGUGUUGGAUAUUUACACGAGCUCCAUCGCGAUUGUACAAAGCCUUGUCUAG